UUCGACAGUAGAAAUGCCUUGGUUGUACUCGAGGAGGAUGGAUUCAUUCAUAAGACAAGAUCUGCUACCGUGCACCGUAAUACAGGCGAACGUCCACCGGUGUAACGUGAACGGACUUUAUGGAUCUAUAAUCGCAUUAUUGACAGGCAGAAGAAAACCGAGGAUUUACAGCUAAACGGACGGACGUCUUGACGGACUGAAUUUGGACAUUUACGUCCCCUAAACGCGGGGCUUUGGAUUAAGCUUCUUCAUGCAACUUUUUUGGAAAGAGACCAAGAGCAUCUCACCAGGGAAUAUCAACAAGAUCAGCAUCGGUGACAUCGCCCCCCCUCUGGUAGCUGCAGGUGUCUCGUUCUCUUUCGAUCCCUCCGGGGAGAUGUACCAAGGGUUCCCCGGUGACCCAGAUAGCGGAUCCCGUGGAAGCUCGUCUCCAUCCAUUGAGUCACAGUACCUUUCCUCCGUGGACUCCUUCGGGAGCCCGCCGACCACCAGUGCUCCGCAGGAGUGUGUGUCAGCUGGUGCUGGCUUGAGCAUUGUGGGCAGCGGGCCUGCAGCCAGUGUUGGAGGGGAAAUGCCCGGUUCAUUCGUGCCCACCGUCACCGCCAUCACCACCAGUCAAGACUUGCAGUGGAUGGUUCAGCCGACCCUAAUUUCCUCACAAGCCUCUGGGCAGAGUGGGUCCACUGGCACCACAACCAUGACCCAACCAGUGUCACUGGUUGACCCUUAUGACAUGCCAGGCCCCAGUUAUUCUUCAGGGUCUGGAUUUACACCUCCUAGCUCUGACACUCCAGGCCCAGCCCCAGGGCCCAUCCGCCAAUCCAGAACCCGUAACCGCCGUACACGGGAAGAGUCUGUGAGUGACGAUGGAGAUGUUGGUGUGUUUCUAACACCUGAGGAGGAGGAGAAGAGACGUGUUCGGAGAGAGAGAAACAAGCUGGCUGCCGCCAAAUGCAGAAAUCGCAGAAGAGAACUCACAGAUAGACUGCAGUCGGAGACAGACAUACUGGAGGAGGAGAAGGCCGAGCUGGAAGCUGAGAUCUCUGAGCUGCAGAAGGAGAAGGAGCGCCUGGAGUUUGUCUUGGUGGCCCACCAGCCGAGCUGCAAGAUCCAUUACCAGGACCAAACCCAGCAUGGCUCGGUGCAGCUUCCUCUGGUCCAGCCCCAGCUCGCUCCUCAGACCUUACAACCUCCCGUCUCCAUUGUGGGCUUGUCUGUGAAGGAGGACUCUUUCUAUCUGCCUCCUGCCUACACAGCCCAUCCAUCCUCAACACAGUCCCAGCCUCCGGUUCAGCCGCAGCAGCAAGUCCAGCCGCAGCCUCAGCCUCAGCCAGGGAUGAUGCAGGAGGUAGAGUUUUCUAGUUCUUUCUAUGGCUCAAGUGAGCCGGCACCAGGCGGGCCGUGCCUUAUGGCCAGCGACAGUGGUGGUGGUGGUGGUAACCAUGACGAUGCGGCCAUUGGCAGCUACAACACCUCAUACACAUCUUCAUUUGUGUUCACCUACCCAGAGGGAGCCUGCGGGGUCAGUGCCAACCAGCGGAACAGCAGUAGCGAGCAGUCAUCUGAUUCCCUGAACUCGCCUUCGCUGCUGGCGCUCUGACUGACCGACAGACACACACGCACACACAUCAACACGCACACAUAUUAUGCUGGCUGGAAGUAGAGCCUGAGGCAAGUACAUGGCACAGUACCCAGAGUACCUGCCUCAAAGAUUGAUAAAAAAAACUUUAACCAAUCAUUUGUUUGAUUGGAGUCAAGUUUACACAUUCUAAAAUGCAUUCCAAUAAAGAGCCAUACAAAAAGUUGCACAUGAAUAACACAGAUCUAACUUUGACAUUCAGCUUAAACAAUAGAUAGUUGCUUGUUUUAUUUUUAUCAGUAUACCUGCAACUGGACAAAAGAAGUGAAUAAGACUGAGUCACUAAGUUGCCAGCAUAAGUGCUCUGAAUAAAUAUUUCACACCUAAUAUACGGAAUCUUCAACAUGUACAGUACAUUUACAUGCCAACAAGCACCAGUGCCCCAACCUAGUUCCCUCUGUCGGUUGCCCAGUGCUCUUGCUCUCAUCUCUUUCCAUCAUUUUCCUCCUUUUUCCUCUUGCUGAAUGUAUUUGUGCAAAGCUGAAAUAGGGACAAAGGACACCUUGUUCAGGGUCUUUUCUUGUUGGAAACAGAACGCUGAUUUCUCGCUCACCUCUAACUCUUCAUCUGCUCGACUUCCCUCUGCUUCUUCAUCUGCUGCUUGGACUUGGCAAGUUUGGGAUCUGAUUGUCACAGCCACCACUUUAUCUUGUGCUUUCUUCUCUGGUUUUUUAAAACUUUCUCCUGCCGUCUGCCUACCUGCCGUGCGACCCAUCUCUGCCCAUCUGUUUCUCCUCUUCUGUCUCUCUGUUUCUCCCUUUCUCUGAAGUCCUCGACCCCUGAGAGUCCGAAGACCCCCUCCAGCCCCUGGGACCUUGAGUGAAAGACAUCUUACACGGCCUUUUGCACCCUCUCAUACAAGGACAUGGAGGCAACCCCCCCGAUUCAGAGGAACAUUUUUUUCGGAGUGCAUUGCUCUGAGCAGAACAGCAGCUAAAAUCUUCACACACGCACAUAGACACAAUCAAUGAACGCAAAAUGCAAGACAGGUGCCACUGUCUUCUGCUGAGCCAUUUUUCAAUGAUAAGACAAAUCAUUUGUUGUGAGGUUGAAAGUGAAUACGGAGAGAGAUUUAGCAGGAAUUGAAAGAAGGAAACGCAACUAAGUUGGAUAGACUCAAGUGGGGAAGUGAUGGGAAAAAAAGGAUGAUGCCCAUUCAAACCAUCGAUUUUAAACCAAAUGUUAAAAAACAAAGAAAGACCGGAAUGUUAAAAACAAAGCAAAAAAGAAAGAGAGAAAAAAUCCUGCUCUUGCCAACUGUGUGGAAGGGUGACCUCAGAAAAACACCUCCAUACCACAGAGCCUCAUCACCCUGGGCCUACAUGCGCACAUUCACAACAUUGCUUUGAAGUCUCUGUACCGAAGAUACAGACGUUUUGUUGCAGCGCACUAGCUCAGUGUUUCGCUCAGAAUCAAUCAGAUGUGAACCGAUGCCUUUAUUUAGAGGAGAGACGUUUUCUAGAGAAUCAGACAACCUCUAAACAUUGGGCUCAGUGGUCUCUGUACCUCCCCUGUUCUCUCAGCGAGGAGACGAGGCGGGGGUGCAUUUAUUGUGAGUGCGUCCACUCUGAGGCACCUGGCCCGUUUAUUUCUUUCUUUAUUGAGGUUGAUGUGGCGAGUGAGCACAAAGAGAAACCUGGAAACAAAAGAGGAGAACGUGUGGGCUUAUGUCGAGGAGUGAGCGUCCUUUUGCCUGUGAAUUUGUACAACUUGUUUUCCUGUAUGUUUGAGUGAGAAUUGUUCUAUAUUUUAAUGUCUAUGUUUGUUUGUGUGUUUGAUUGUUUUGCAUAGACCUCUGCUUUCAUUUUGUACUGUUGCCGUAUCUUGGUUUUGUUUGUUUUGUUUUUUUAACGGGGAGAUUUCCUUAUAACUGUUACUAUUAUUAUUGCCUUGUAACAAUCGUUUCAUUAUUUUAUUGUAUUUUCAUUUGGCAACUUUGGAGGCAUGUUGUGCACUACAAAAAAAAACUUAAGUCUAUAUGCAUAUACAUAUAUACAAGUAACAUGUAUAUAUAAGUGUAUGUACCAUGAUUGUAAAGUAUGAAUGUUUGCAGAUCUAAAUGGGAUAUUUUUGUCAAUGAAGAACAAGAUAAGAUGUUACUGAGGUUUAGUUUUAAAAUGAAUAUUUUUCUAAAGGAACAAAAAAAACUAUAAUACAUUUAAAGUACUGCCCUGUCCCUCAAAAUGAAGCACGAUGUCACUGCCUCUAUCAAUGUGUAUUUAUGUUUUAUAAACAAUAUAAAGCACUAUACAAGUUACAUUCAAUGUAUGUUUAUGAUAAUGAUGUUAGAAGGUUGUGGUAACGCCUUUGUUUGUUUGUUUUUUCUCUGUGAGGUCUGUCCUAAUGCUACUGACACCUUAAUGCCACUUGAUCCUUAGCAGAUGAAAAAUGAGGAAAAAAACGAGUGUGAUUGAAUGUCAAUACACAUAUUAAAAGUGUUAAGACUAUAACAUAAUGACUAAACUGUUUCAUUUAAGGACAAAUUAUUACAUACCCAGUAUGCAUUUCUGUCCAAUAUAAACAUAUCACUCAAUAACUUUGUUAUUUCUAACUGAAAUGUGUGUUUGAAGGAUGACCACAGUUUAAGCCUUGACGUUAACAUUAUCGUGUUAAUCCAUUCUUGUAUUCAAUGUGUUGUCUAACUGACAUAAAACAUUUAUUGUGAUUGUAUUGCUGGAUAAGAAGCUUUAUUUUCAAUAAAUAAACAUGUUUAUUCAAAACAAUGGCAAGAUUAAUCAUGUAAAUUCUUGUUCAAAUUUGGCUCUUGGUGGUCAGAAAAAGGGCAGACCUCAUUUUUCAAAUGUUGAAUUGAUGACUGUGUUUGUACAGAUGUUGGAGAUGUCUUUUGAUUUCUCUCCAAAAUGCAAAUGUGAUGAGAAUAUGUUCUGGUGUGUCAGAAUAAGCAUAAAACAUAUUCAAUAGUUCUCAUGUACAUAGGUUUUUGUGGUGCUACUUAUGGUAUGCUAUAAUGACGAGGCAGUUUCACAUUGUAUGUUGGAAGGUUACUCAUUGCUGUUGUUUGGGACGUUUUAAUCAGUAUAGAAGCCAUGAACAGUGAAUUUCCAGCAGCUAAAGCUCCAAGAGCCCAGAUAUCACUCAAUGAAUUCAUUGCAGUUUCACAAUUUCAUGUCAAUCUCCUGUUACAUCUUCAGAUGUUUACAAAGAGUUCUCAGAGUGGUCCCUGUACUAUACCUGCACUCAACACACUUAAGCCCCUGAUCAACUCACAGCAGAUUAAUUCUGUCACAGUUACUUUGCCUUGGGUUUAGUUGAAGUAGUUGGAAUAAGCCUGAAUUUAUUUUGCUUCUGUAAAGUUGCAUGAAAAAAUAGCUUUAAAAGGUGAAACAGCAGGAAAGGGGGAAAUAUAAAGCUACCAGUUAUGAUACAGAGAAACUGCCUGCACCUAUCUGUACUGCACAAUGGCUAUGUGGAUGUUAACUAAACAAGAGUGUCCCUAUUUUUCUAUGCUGAAGUAAAUGUUGAUUUAAUUUUUUUUUUUUUUACAUUUUCCAUUUAUUAACUGAUUUAACAUAAAAUGCAAUACUUAUUAUCCUCUUAAUAAUGUAGCAUAGCAGUGUUUACACUGACUGCUACUAUAUGUCAAGUGAGAUGAUGUAUUGCUUUAGUUAUAUUUUGAUUCAAUAUUUAAAUUGAUCCUUAUAAUAAUGUAAAAGUAGGUUUCAAGACAAUCUGCAUAAAAAAUGAUGAACUACAUUUUUUUUUCUUUUUGAUGAUGUGCACAGACAUUUGCAAAGUUUCUACACUUCAAGAAGCAUUGCUUCUUUUCUAAUCAAUCCCUUUAUUUAUGUUUCAUUCAUUUAACAAUGUACUUUUUUAGGCAAAGGUUACAAUUUUGUCACACUUCAAAAUAGGGUUCAUGAUACAUUUUGUGGCUACAUCAGUUAAAGGUCUGAUGAAACUGUCAGAAUUCAAUAUUAACAUUACCAGCUGACAAUGGUGCUCUGAUUUCAAUUGACUAUAUCUUAGUGCAAAUUCCUCACAUAAACUUACCAAAGUUUUCUGCACAGUACUAACACGAUCUGUUUACUUAUUUUCAUAAUGUGCCAUAUUCUCAUUGUUUUUGGGACCAAAGUUUAUAAAAGAUUUGUCAUAAUGCUUUUGCAGUGCUUUUUCUGUGUCCACAUUUCAGCAUCAUUUUUUUUUACCAUAUUAAAGUUUACAUUAUAUUGUUUUUUCAUGGUUUCUAGACUGCAAAGUUUGGGUGAGCUGUCUCCUAUAAUGAUGGUUUGACCAAAUGCCAUUUCUUUCCAAUUUGUGAAGAAAUACAUAAAUAAACAACAUAUAAAUA